AUGACUGAUCCGAAGAGUCACUCCUCCAAAGUUGCCAGUCAAUCUCUCUAUGAGACCGAAGCCUACGAAGGAAGUUCCUCCCUCCCGCAGUCUCGAAUUAUGGGUUGCAUAUGGAAAUUGUUCAAAUGGCCAAAACGGCAAAAAUCCGAGGGCGAAGAGAGGCUGCCUCUGGAGACCUUCGACAGAAUAACCCUACUCCAGUCGUUGGAAGGCCCUCAGAGCGGCGAAUGUCGAGAUGAUAGGAAAACAAACGGUCUGCAAGAGCGUUAUGUUAGGUUUGGUAUUGGGGGAGCUGGUAAUAAGCGCAAGUAA